AUGGCCCCCACACAAGCCUCGCCAGCAGUAAACGCGCAAGGCCCCCCACCAAAUACGGCGGGUCCAUCUGGAACUCAUACGCGUAGUAUUUCCUCGUUCUCCUUGUUCAAGAACAUUCUAUCGAGCCAAAGCCAUAAUGCGGCAUCACAUGCUGCACCUAGUUCUUCGCAGUCGCAGCGUCAGCCCGGCGCUCAGAAUGGAUCUGGCCAUCCACCUAACAGUCCUGCGUAUCCGGUGUCACCAUCCAGUGCCCCUCCCACGAAUGGUGCGCCCUCACCAACAUCACCUCCUGCGCCUCAACCAGCACUUCAAAGAGCAGCAACUACAGGAACGACGGCAUCCGGUGGCCGACCGCUACAUCCGGAAAUCAAGUCUAUUGUCGACUUGACAAUUGCUCAUGCUCACAAAAUUUACUACUCUGGACCUUUACUGCGACGGAUUGAUCGGCAACCUGAUGGCCAGAAGCCUGCAAGAGACGAAGGUUGGCGAGACGUGUGGGCGCAGCUAGGAGGAACAACAUUGAGUGUGUGGGACAUGCAAGCCGUGGACGAGGCUAGCAAGGAGGGUAGACAGGUUCCUCCCACAUAUAUCAAUGUCACAGAUUCUUUCGUAAAUGUCUUGGAGGCGAUGACUUUUCCCGCGACUGCAGAUUCCCCAGCGAAGAAGUACACGAACGUGCUGACACUCAACACUGCGGGGUCAAAUCUAUUGUUGUUCUCCUGCCCUUCCCGCGGCGCGCUGGUGUCUUGGGCCGUUGCGUUGCGGUUGUCCGCAUGGGAGAAAUCGAGACUGGAAGAAAUAUACACUGCACAUCUCAUACGAAUCAUUCUGAACGACGGGAGAGAUGCACCUAGUCCUCUGGUCAAUGGCCGUAUGGAAGGUUGGGUGCGAAUUCGCAUCGCCGGUCAGACCGACUGGAAACAGAUGUGGAUGGUAGUUAGUGCAGGUGGGCAAGAUGGCUCAUCUAUCUCUUCCGCCGAUCACCCGCAAGGAUCGCCUAAUACCCCACGCAAGAAGCGCAUGUCGCAUCUGUUUGCGCGGGAACGCAGCCCCCAGAGACCGGCGAAGCCAAUGCUGCAGUUCCUAUUGUCGCCCAAGCCUAAAGACCGCAGAAAGCCAGUGUUGACGAUGCGAGAUAUCACACAGGUGUUUGCGGUUUACCCAGAACGGCCGGAGUGGAUCAGUCGAAGUACACUGAUGAAAAUAGAAGGCCAGCUGGGUGAGGAAGAUCUAGCGGCGGGCAUGAAGUCCCUUGAAUGCUGGAUUUUAGUGAUGCCUGAGUUUGAAGGAGGGAAUCCACAGGCGUCAGAAAUGUUGAAGUGGCUGAUAGGUAUGCACGAUGCUUUUGAGCUCUAUGGACGACCUCGUCAGUACAGUUGGAAUCCUCGCGAUCCUCGAUCCAUGAUGUUUGCCUACCCUAUUGGACCGCAAAGAGACUUGCUAUUCCUAGAUCGUGAACUGGCUGAGGUCCUAGAUGUUCGCGACGAAAGAACCUCUUUUAUUAGGGCGCGUCUCCAACACAUUCUGUUGGAACGAAUGGAAGGUCCUAUUCCUCCGAUGUCAGCGCCUCCGGCUCUAGCGCAAGGUCCUCCCACUUUACCGCCGUUACGCGAUGUUGAGAUGCACGAUGAAACGCACGGUCACACGCAACCACCCGAAAGACUCUCGCUACAACUUCCGCCGCUCGAUUUUGAGACAACUUCUGUCGACAAAACCCCCCCUGCUGUGCCAGAGAAACGUCCAUUGACACCCAUCACGGAACGAAGCGUGGCGACACGGGACAACAGCCGUUCACUUUCCGCUGAACACAUCAUAACAGCCUCUUCUUCUGUUCAGCAUCCUCACCCGGCUACUGUAGUGGAGAGUCCUAAGGAGGUCACCUCUAUCCUCGACAAACCUAUGACUGCCAGUCCGACUGAUUCUAGCUUUCCUUCGGACACUGAAUUUCGGCCGCACCCUGUUGAGAAGGCUGAGAGUGUACAUACUAGUCCACGCGUCGACUCACCGUCAUCUCACCGUCCUGAUACCGCCUCGAUUAAGUCAGGACCUUCUAUAGGACCACCCACGGCUUCACAUCGAUUGGUUGCACAGGUUCCUGUACCCUCUGAGAUGCAGGCGCAUCCAGGUUCUAGACCAGUCUCUCCGCGGGCUUCGACAUCGUCGUCGCGUCCCUCAACUUCGGUGCGGGUAGUUUCUCCCCGUCCAACUUCUCCAGCAACAGUUCUGUCUUCGGUGUAUUCCAUGUCGUCUAUGCCUUCAUCUCCUGCAUCUCCUCUCGGUGCGGUUACCACCCAGUCUCCCGUUGUUCCUGCAGCCCCUGCUCCUGCUGCGUUACCCAGACCGCCAGAGAAGAAAAAAAGUGAAGCUGAUGAUAUAUUGGGUGAGGCUGGCGCAUUGUACUAUAUGCAUCAUUUAGAGGAAAUAGGACAAGUUCCUGUUCCGGUGCGCCAUCGCCCACCCCCUUCACUCUCGGAUGACGAGGAGUCACCGUCAAAUAGCGACUCGUCAUUUACCCCUCCGCCUCCUGUUAUAACGAAUCCUCUCCGUAUCACUAGGUCAACUACGCCUCCGCCUUCUGCUACAGUGCGUCCGCCGGUGAGACGCAGCACAAAUCCGACUUCGCCCUUGGCAGAAAUCGCCAAAGCGGAGGAAUCGGUCGCGGCAGUUCCCGCGGUAACAUCCAGAUUGCCUCCGGUUAUACGUAAGCCUUCUGGCGCACGUGCCCCGGCAGCCAGAAUGCCAGCCUUCAAGCAGAGUUCUUUCACACAGAGUCCAACCGAGCUGCACGAACACGACGAGCACGACGACAUGAGCGGUUCCGAAGAGGCAAACGUGCAGCUUGCACCGCCAGCUGGGCAGUCGAGUACGAGCUUCGAGGACCAUGCCGACGCGCUGGCGGCGCUCACGUUCCUCGAGCAAGAGGACGCGCUCACGUCUCCUCAGAAGCCCUCGUCAACCCGGUCACCUGCUCCAUUGCCCGAAGUCAUUAAAACUCCCGCGAGCCCAUCCGCAGCCCCUGCUGAACCUGUAUACAAGUCCUCGUUUGCACCCUCUAGACAAGCAGCCGAGCGCAAAGCCAAGACACAAGCACAGCAGGCUGCGCACCAAAUCGCUGUCAACCGCCCAGGGAAGGCGAACGGCAAGGCGAGGUCGGGAAAUCAAGGAAGCAAGGGUUGGGCGGAGAGCAGCGAGGAGGAGGAAGAGGAAGAAGAGGAAGAGGACGAUGAAGAUGCGGAUUCUGACACCGCACCACCCCCGCGCUCGGUCAGCGGGACGGACCAACAGUCUCUGACAGGGUCUUUGACACCUGGUGGACCCGGUCGCCCUGUGUACGGCCAACAGGGGGGGGGAACAUCUCCCGCACGAUCUGCUGUCGAUGUUAAUGCUGGUGCCUAUCCUCAACCCAGGCGUCCGCCACGAGAGCUGCCUCAGUUGCCUGGUCAGAGGUCUGCAGGUGAACAAGAAGAAUUCUACGGCCCUGCGUCGCGCCGUCUUACGUCCGCUCCGUACCCAGAAGCUGGUCGUGGAAGUUUCAUGGAGGGCCCCCGACGACUUCCGUCCCCUCAGUCUCAGUUUCGUCCCCAAUCUGAAUAUCCUCAGCCUCAGCCACCAGCUGCUCGUCACACCAUAUGGAGUCAAGUUCUCGAUCCUGGAAGAUCUGCGGGAUCUGCGCCUCCCGAUUCUACGCAAGGCCGAGAAACGUUUGUGCAGCUUGAACCCUCCCAGGCCAUGACCAAGGCGUUUACACCUCACGGUCUACUUUCGGCUGGUCUGCAGGACAAGCAAGAUAGAUCUGCCAAACGCCAAGAAGAACUUGCCAGAGAGACCGGCGCGUCGCUCAUCAAUGUGCCUAACAAACCUCCUCCACCACAGACAGGUCUGCUCGGCGCUGUUACAGCCCACGAACGCGAGCGCAAACGCGAAGGCGGUAUUGGCGCUGCAUUGACCGAACGCGAGCGCGAGAAGCGCAUGGCGGAGGAGAGGCAGCGUAAAUUGGACGACCUUCAGCGCCAGCAGCUUGAUCAGAUGCAACAAGGCGGAUCCAUGUACGGCGGCAUGGUGCCUCAGAUGACGGGUUACACUCCUAUGAUGAACCCGAUGAUGAUGAGCAUGAACCCGAUGAUGACCGGAGGAUGGGGUUACCCUGGGAUGAUGCCUAGUUUCGCCAACCCCCAGAUGUUCGCUGCUCAGCAGGCCGCUGCGCAGGCUUACCAGCAGGCGAUGAUGGCAUUCACCGCGGGCCAAGGCGAAGGUGGAGGUCCUACUCCCCUUAAUCCUAUGAUGACUGGCGGGAGUAUGGGGAUGGGUGGAAUGGACCCGCGUCUGUCGAUGAUGGGCAUGCCCGUGAUGAACACCGGCAUGGGCAUGAACCCUGGUAUGAUGGGUCCUGGCAUGGGUAUGAACAAUACCGGGAUGGGUAUGAACCCUGGCAUGGGUAUGAACCCUGGCAUGGGCAUGAACCCUGGCAUGGGCAUGAAUCCGGGGAUGGGCAUGAGUCCGAGUCCAGGGAUGGGCAUGAGUCCGAGUCCGGGGAUGGGCAUGAGUCCUGGCAUGGGUAUGGGUAUGGGAGACUCAAUGGGCAUGGGCAUGGGCAUGGGUAUGGGCAUGCAGUCGACUGGCAACUUCGACGCGCCCUUCUCAUCCGGGUUCGACGGUGCUAUGCGCCCCGUCAGCGAAGCCGGUGGACCAGGCCAGCGGCCAUUCUCAUCGCAGAACAGCGCCCCGGGUCGGCAAGGCUCCCCUGCUACUGGAUCACGGCCUGCUGGCUCUGGCGGAGAGCCUGCACGGGGACCAGCCGGUGCGCCACCGAUGUCUUGA